GCUCGUUGAGGAAAUAAAAAUGGAAUUAUUUGCAGUAAAUCGAUAUGAAGUGGAAUUGGAUAAAAAGCAAAGUAAUGAAGAUGAAAUCUUGCAAAAACUUUUGAAAAAAGUCGAGAAAAGAAAACGUAAACAUUCGGAGACGGAGAAAAAGAAACCAAAACAGGUGGAAGAGGAAGAGAAUGUAGAGAAUGAUGUGACACCCAAGGAAGUUAGUUAUGAAUCUGGGCCACAAUUGGAAGAGGAUAUUAUUAAUGCCGGCAGUUAUGAUAAAGAGGAGUUAGAGGCAGACGAUACUACAACCGCCUUUGAGGUUUUGGGGGAAGAUGUAAAUGCCAAUAGGCGAAAAGAAGUUCAGGCUGUGUUGCCAGCAUGGUUGGCUCAUCCGAAUAUCAUAUCAACAAGUGUUGCGGCCACAUCGGAUACAAGUGAUGAUAGCCUGGCGGAGUGUACAUAUCUAUCACCACAAAUUCGUGGUGCCCUCAAGGAAAUGAAAAUCACUCGCCUGUUUCCUGUACAAACAGCUGUGGUGCCCUGGAUUUUAGAUGCUCAUACAAAACCGGCACCAUUUCGGCCACGUGAUGUGUGUGUUUCAGCACCCACGGGUAGUGGUAAAACAUUGGCUUUUGCCAUACCGGUCGUACAAAUUCUGGCCCAACGUACCGAACGUAAAAUCAGAGCCUUAGUUAUAUUACCCGUAGCCGAAUUGGCCCUACAGGUCUAUAAAGUAUUUAAGAAAUUGUGUGAGAAGACGGAUCUCAGUGUUUGUCUGCUAUCGAAUCACACACCCUUCGCGGUGGAAAAAGAAAAACUUGUUGAGAACUAUAAGGGACGGUGGUAUUCCAAGGUGGAUAUUGUGGUAACAACACCUGGUCGUCUGGUGGAACAUUUGCAUGGCACUGAGGGUUUCUGCUUGAAAAAUCUUAAAUUCCUGAUCAUCGAUGAGGCAGAUCGUAUUAUGGAUGCUGUCUUUCAAAAUUGGCUUUAUCAUUUAGAUGCCCAUGUACGCGCCACAUCCGAUCAAUUACUCUCCGGACAGUCGGCACCAUUGUGUUAUAAUGAAUUGGAACUGGCAUAUGAUAGGCAGCCACAUAAAUUAUUAUUCUCCGCCACAUUGUCACAGGAUCCGGAAAAGCUACAAAAUCUAAGACUCUUCCAGCCGAUUUUGUUUACAUCGGUUUUGGAUAAUCUGAAGGAAUUGCAAGACAAGUAUGCCGAACAGGUACUGAAUAAACCCAAGAGUGGUGAAUUUAUUGGUAAAUACACCACACCGGCUGAACUGACGGAGAAAUUCUGUCUGACACAAACCAAUUUGAAACCGUUGACCUUGUAUGCCUUGAUCAAGGAGCAUAAAUGGCAAAAGUUUUUGGUAUUCACAAAUAGCGUGGAGGCAUGUGAGAGAUUGGCUUUUGUAAUGUUUAAAUUAUUUGCUGGUGAUGAGGAUAUACAAUUGGGUGAACUGAAUAGUCAACACAAGAACCGUACAGCGAUCUUAUCAAAAUUUUUAAGAGGUCGAUUAAAUGGUUUGAUAUGUUCCGAUGCCGUGGCCAGAGGUAUAGAUAUUCCCGAUGUAGAUGUAGUUAUAUCUUAUGAUCCACCACGUCACAUUAAAACCUAUAUACAUCGUAUUGGUCGUACGGCACGUGCCGGUAAACAAGGUACGGCCAUCACACUGGUAUCCCAGCCUGAGCAUAACAAAUUCAAUAAACUCCUCAGCGAAGUGGGUAAAGUGGUGACAGCCGAAAUCGAAACUUCCACCGCCAUUGAAGAAGCCAAUGCCAAGAAAUAUCACACCAUCUUGGAGAGUUUGCGUGAAAAAUUGAUACGUGACAAACGUAAGAAGAUUUUGGAAAUAAAUCGUGCCCGAGAAAUGUACGAAUUGAAAUCGCAAGAUGUCACCAAGCUAACACCAAUGGAAAAACUGCAAAUGGAGGCCACAUUGAAAAUACACGACACUACCAAAAUCGAAAAGGAUGAUGGUAUUACGAGGAAGACUAUUAAAAAUCUAAAUAGAAAACUGAAAAAGAAGGCCAAGGAAAAUGAAAAAAAGGCACAAAAUGCGGACAACGGCAAGGAUGUGAAACAGAAUAACACGAAAUCCAAAUUGACAAAAACAAAUAAAUUUAAACAAAAGACGCAACAAAAGAAAGAAUAA